AAUCUACAACUACUGCUUUACCACGGUGGUGGUGGCAACAGAAACAAUCAACUGUCGUAGCAUCUACAGCACCUCAAUGGAGGCAGACUACAACCACAACUACAAAAACAAGCCCACCUCAACAGUACAAAACCACCAUGGGUUCAUAUGAGCACAUUUAUGAACCUUUCAGCAAGAUCCCUCUGCAGUUUUCUGUUCUUGUUGAUUCAGCUGCUCCAUCCUGCACUGAAGGACAUUACAUUCCUCGCUUUGUGUCACCAACUCCAAAUCAUGGCGAAGAAAUCCAAGCUGCACCACUCCAUGAACUGGAAAUCAGAGUUAAAGCUGUAGCGGCGUAUGCAACUGUUACUGAUGUGAUUAUCAGCGGUCCUCUGAACAUAACCAAGCAUGCAUUGAGCACCGAAGAGUACGCCAUUAGAUGGACACCAAAGAGGGAACAACUCGGAGAUCAUUUCCCUGUGUGUUUCAUUGCUGAGAGCAUGAGCGGAGGCAGCAUCUAUCAGUCUGAAAUGAGAUGUGUCAUGGUCACUGUUGGACGGCAGCCUGUGGAUGCAAAUGUGAUCUGCACCGGAACCAACAUGGUCGUUGAAAUUGAGCAGAUGAACUCUGUCGGGCUCCAUAAGGACUAUCUGCGACUCAACAAUCCUGCCUGCACUUUGGACUCAAAUGGCACUCAUGUGCUGGCGAACUUCUCCCUCAAUGCUUGUGGCACCUUGAUUGAGGAAGAUGAGCAGUACAUCAUUUUCAAGAACGCAAUUAUCUCAACUGAUGACCCACACAUCAUCAUUACCAGAAAACACGAGGUGGAGAUUGAAGUCUCCUGCCGUUACGAAAAGAAAAACAACAUAGCACUGGAGUUCUCCGCAAUAAGACACAAGACCACCGUCACAGAGAAAGGCUUCGGCACCCUCACCUACAGCUUCGGCCUCUUCCAAACACCGGCCUACUACAGGGAAUUAGACGUGACUGCGUACGCAGCCGAAUAUGAGCUUGAAGAGAGGAUUUACAUGCAGAUUGAAUCCCAGUCUUCAAUCAACAACACCGAGCUCUUCGUUGAAUCUUGCGUGGCGACACCUUACAAUGACCCUGACUAUCAAGAGCACUACACAAUCAUCCAGGAUGGGUGCAUCCUGGAUGACACAGUUGAGUUUUACACAAGCCAUCAGCCAAUGGUCCGCUUCAGCAUGCAGGCCUUCCAGUUCAUCGGAUUGCAUCAACAGGUGUUUAUCAGCUGUUCGGUGAUUAUGUGUGAGGCGAACAAUCCCAACACUCGCUGCUCUCAAGGCUGCAUCAACAGCACCACCGCUCCACCUUCACACCGCAUUGACAAAAGAGACGCCCCCAUCCAGACCAGCAGUCACUUCAUCUCCCAGGGACCCAUACGGCUGAAGAGGAGUGUAGAGCAUGAAGUGUCCUCUACAGUUUUGAAUCUGAAUCUGGUUUUCAUUGCCGGUUGUCUCCUGGCAGCUGUUGGCAUGGUGUGUGCUGUUCUCAUAUACAGAAGCAGGAGAGCACAAAUCAAAUAUCGGCCUCUUAAAUCAGAUGAGAUUUAAUGGAUCACACUUCAAAAUGACUUCCUCUUACUUUGCUCUCUCGGAGAAGAUUCUGGCUUUGAAAAAUGUCUUCUGUUUGAUCACAUUUCUUUCAAAUAUAUCAAUAAAUCACUGUUUUGGAUGCAUCUCUGCAUCUUUUUGAUU